GUGAAAAUAUUCAUUCUUCAUGGUAUCGGAGCGAUAAUCAAUCACAGCUCACUCUCCAACCCUAAUUCUCUCCUUCUCUGUUUCGCCCCCCCCCCUCACGGCAGUUCUCUCGCCGCCGGCAAUCAUGGCCGAAGUUUCCUCUGUCUCUUCCGAUAACAACUCCUCUAAAUCUCCCCACCUUGCCUUCACCACAAUCUCCAACAUUAAACUCCAUAUUCCUGUCCAACUCAGUCUCUCAGAACCAAAUUACAAAGAGUGGAGUCGAUUGUUUCGUCUCUUAAUCCUCCGCUUCAAUCUCAAAGGCUACAUCGAUGGCAAAACUUGUGCCUCCUCCGCAGACGAUGCUGAAUGGUAUCAAUUUGAUCCCCUAAUUCAAGGAUGGAUCCUGGCUACGAUCACGAAUGAAGUCUCCGACCUUGUGCUCACCAACAAUCUCACCGCUCAUGCACUAUGGACGGCAAUUUACAAUCUUUUUCACGACAACAAGCAUGCCCGGGCGAUGCAACUCGAGCACUGUUUCCGUACAACUGUCAAGGGCCAACUCUCCAUCAACGAAUAUAGUCGUCUUCUCAAGAAUCUCUCCAAGUACCUAGACGACGUGGAUGCUCCUGUCACUGAACAUGCUCUUGUACUCCAAGUUCUUCAAGGCCUCCCUCACGACAUCCAGAGUCAAGUUCAAUUUUUGCAAUACCAAAAUCCACUCCCGACCUUCUUGGAAGUUUGGUCCACCUUACUCCUCGUCGAACAGCAACAAACCGAUGCCAUUUAUGGUGCCGGCGCGCCGUCCACAGCCCUCCUCAGCAUCGGCGACGGCGGCGUCCAUACGGGCAGCGGACACCAGCGAGACCGAGGCGGCGACUAUGUCAGGUCUGGGAGGAGCGGCAGCGGCGGAUUUGACGGCGGAUAUGGCGACGGCUAUGGCGGACGCGGCAGGAAUUCCAGCGGUGGAAGUGGAGGCAGAAACCGCGUGGUCAGUAAAGCUGAUCAUGCCUCAAUCUCUUGUGUGAUGGAGGGUCUGGCCCACCUGUAUGAAAGUGCAGGGCUCCAGCUGAAUCCAAACAAAUCCCAGGUAUAUUUUGGAGGGACUGAUCAACAGUUGCAGUAAGAGCUCCUUGCCCUUACAGGAAAAGCGGCACCAAAGCUCCCCCAAUUAGCUGGAAUGAAACUUGUCUACCUUU